CUUAUGAAGUUUUGAAUAAAAGUGUUAGCUUGUUUGCCAUAUUUAAGCCCUAAAAUCGUGAAAAGAUUGGCAUCGGAAAAUUUUAGAGAGCAAUUUUGUGAUCGAUCAUUAUGGCAGCGGAAGCGGCAAUCUCAUCUUUGGUCGAACUACUGCGCAAUCUGCUCAUCCAGAAAGUUAAAUUCCUGCGAGGCGUCGAGGGAAAGGUGGAGUUGCUGAGAGAGGAGCUGAAGAGGAUGCAAUCCUUUCUCAAAGACGCCAACAAAAAGCAAUUUGAAGAGGAGAGGGUGCGUAAUUGGAUCUCGGGUAUCAGAGAGUUGGCUCAAGAUGCCGAAGAUACCAUCGAGAUCUUCCUUCUCAACAUUGAGAGUGCCAAGAAUUGGGGGCUCCUCAAAAGAUGUACAAGCUCUCCAAAGCGUAUGUACCAUCUCGACAAAAUUGGAGAUGAGAUUGAGUCGAUCCGAGAUAGGCUUGAUGCCAUUGAUAAAAGUCGCGAAAGGUAUGGGAUCAAGGAUCUCGGAGAGGCAGCCGAGUCGGCAUCGAGAUGGGAAGUUGAAUCGCGGCGGCGGUUGUGCCCUUGGCAAAAAGACGAACACCUUGUGGGCGUUAAAGAUGAUGUGGAAAAGCUGCUGCAUGAAUCGAUUUUGUGUGAGGAGAAGAAAGGGCUUUGCAUUGCGGUGUUAGAGGGCAUGGGUGGGAUCGGGAAAUCCACACUUGCCCGGGAAAUAUACAACCACCCCGACGUCGUUGCUGGUCCAUUCGACCGCCGUGGUUGGGUUGUGGUGUCGAGUGAAUUUACACCACAAGAGACGAUCAAGCAGCUUAUCUUCGAGCUGUUGGGCUCUGACAAGCAAAAGGUGCGUGAAUUGGAGGAGUCAACCAAGGACAAGCAGUAUCUACUACAAAAGCUUAAAGAAAUGCUUCAUAAGCAAUUGGAGGGCAAAUCAUAUUUCAUAGUUCUGGAUGAUGUUUGGGAGAAGGAACAUUUGGAAUCUCUCAUCACUGCUUUCCCAAAUCAACAAGAUAAAUCAAGUAGAUUAUUGGUUACAACUCGCAACAAGAUUAUUACAAAGUAUGAUCAAUACGUGCACAAGAUGAGUCCCUUAGACUCCGAAAAGAGUUGGGAAUUGUUGUUGAAGAAAGCAUUCAUUGGUAACACAAUUGGCAAAUGUCCAGAAGAAUUCGAGAGUGUGGGCAAUCAAAUCUUGGAAAAAUGCCAUGGUCUACCAUUAGCUAUCAGUGUGGUAGGAGGCUUACUCAUGGAAACUAAAACCAAGAGUGGCUGGGAACAAGUUCUUAACCAAAUAAACUCUAACUUGGGAAGGACUGAAAGCGGCGUAUCAACAAUUUUGGAGUUGAGUUAUCAGAAUUUGUCUCCCCAAUUAAAAUCAUGCUUCUUGUGCCUAGCCUUUUUCAAAGAAGACUUUACUAUCCGAGCAAAAUGGCUAGUAAAGAUAUGGGAUGCACAAGGCUUGAUCCAAAAGGAAGAAAGCAGAAGUAUUGAUGAGAUAGGAAGAGGUUAUUUAAAUGAGCUGAUCAAUCGAAGCAUGCUUCAAAUUAAAGAUCUAAACAUGAAUGAUCAAGUCAAAAGUUGUCGCCUCCAUGAUCUUGUCCGCGAGGUAUGCUUAAGAAAAGCAGAGGAGGAAAUAGGUUUGGAGAUAGUAAAGGGGAAAAAGGAAAUUUCAUCAGAAUCAUCGUAUAAACCUCGCCAUCGUGUUGUCUAUGAAGAAAAUCUUGAGACUUGCUCGUCGAAUCAAAAUAAGCAUGUACGCUCUCUUUUCCUACUUAAUUACCAUAUCCUUACCAUGCGAUCUCAUUACAUGAAGAGCUAUCAACUCCUUAAGACACUCGAGCUUACCUGCUAUCUCUUUAAAGGAUUGCCCAACUCUAUUCGGUUAUUGAUUGGAUUGAAGUGCUUGAGAAUAUACGGAGCUGGAAAAAUGAUGCUCCCAAGCUGGUUUGAUCAUCUUAGAAACCUCGAGGUUCUUGACAUGAAAUUAUGCUUCGUAUAUUUCCCAAGACUAGUUUCGUUGAAAAUGGACAGGCUACGUUACUUCAGCGCAUAUAUUGAACGUGGACCGACAAACAUAAACAUGUGGAAAAAUAUUGAGUGUUUGAGAGAAAUACGGCACAAGGAUUGGAUGAAGUGCAUAUCAACUCUAACGAGUAGUUGCCAUCUUCGUGAAUUAGGCAUACAGUUUCAUGCAAAAAGGACACAGUGUGAAGAGUUGAUCAAAGUAAGAGCUUCAUUGGAGAAGAUGCAGAAUCUUGUCAUACUUCACUUAAGUGGGCUUCAGUAUGUUACUGACAUAGCAUUAGCUGUGCCGCAGCUCACCAAUCUCACCAAACUUAAACUGUAUGGUAAGAUGUCCAAAUGUCCAACUGCGAGUAUGUUUCCUCCAAAUCUCUCUCACCUCACGUUGAUGUUUACCGGGUUAGAUGAUGAUCCGAUGGCAGAGCUGGGUAAGCUUCCAAAGCUGCUCUUCCUCAAGUUACAGACGCAUGCUUACUCGGGUGAAAUGAUGCUAGUUUUGUGCGAUGGGUUCCCCUGUCUCGAAGCCCUGGUCCUUCGAGAUUUGUCUGGACUGAAGAGCGUCAUCAUAGAAGAAGGUGGAAUGCCGAAGCUCAAACAUCUCCGAAUCGUUCGAUGCCCCAUGCUGAAGACUGGGAAUCUACCGCAACACAUCAACAUAGUUACUGAAUAAACUCAAGCUUACUUUACUUAUCUUUCGUUAUUCCUGCGUCUUUGUGUAAUAAGAAAUGGAGCGUCUUGUUCUUGUUGAAACAUUAAUUUGACAUUAUCUAACUGCAUGCGUGAAUAGUGAAUUUAUUGAUGAUUAUGUAAUCAAGUUAUAUUUAUUUUAA